CUCCUCCGACGAGAUCAGCCCUCUGAGCCGCCGCUUUCUCGAACGUCGUGCUGCUGAUCUCGCCAUCAUCACUCUCGUCGUCAUCCUCCCUCGGACUCGUCCUCAUCCUCCCUUGGUCUCGUCGUCAUCACUCUCGUCGUCGUGCUGCUGAUCUCGUCGUCGUGCUGCUGAUCUCGUCGUCGAACUGGUGCUGAUCUCGCCAUCGAGCUGAUCUCGUCGUUGAUCUGGUGCUGAUCUCGUCGUCCUGAGCCAGAGUUCGUGAGCCAGAUCCGCUCAUCCUCCUCCGUCCUCCUCCCUCUGAGCUAUCCUCUCUCAGGUGAAGUCCCAUCCCAAUAAAAACCCAAUAAUAAUUCCUGUUAGUUGGAUUGAGUUAGUUGUUUGAUAACAAGGUCUUUCUCUUAUGAAACCUGGUCUUUCUCUUAUCGACCAAUAUUCUUUACAUUGAUCUGCUUAUUUUAAUUAUUUGAUGGAUUAUGUAGUGGUUUUGGAUUGAGUUAGUGGUUAGAUAACUAGGUUCAUAAAUUCAUUGGUGGUUACUGAAGUAUUACGAGGACUAUGUCAGUUGUUUUUUUGUUCCUAUAAUGUCAUUCUCAGAUAUUAGUUUCUGGCAAAGUUUAUCUUUGAUAUAUGUUUCCGAAAAUGUUCAUUAUCAUGUCACAUUCUUCAAAUACAAAAUUAUUAUUUUUUUAUUAAUAUCAGAGUCCUUGUAAUAGUUUCCACUACGAAAUAUUGCUAAGAAGAGUGAAAAUUUUUGAAUUGAGAGGAGAGAGACGUGCUAUUAUCAAAGAGAAGAUUCAGUGGUGAAGAGAGAGCAAGAGGACCGAGAAUAAUGAUUCUGGCUGAUCAAAAUUUACGUUAUAUGAUAGUUAAAGUUGGUAACUUUUGAAAGGGGCCAAGUUUUGACUUUGUUCUACUGGGUAUGCUGUGACUUGCUGUGAGAAAAGUGAAAUGUUCGCUUCGUUAGUCAUUGAUCACGGUUAGAAUUCCAAGCAAGAAAAAGGGACAGACCCUUGUAGUUUAAUUUUUUUUGCCAAUUAUUAUUUUUCAAUUGCGAUGAAUAUGCAAACUUUUGUGUCUGUAGCCGUGAAUCAUGGAGUCAUCUUCAAGCAAUCGUCAUGGACUGUUGUGCCAUUGUGGAAGGAGGGCUAUACUCUCUAGAUCUGGAACUAAGACGAACCAUGGUCGAUUGUUUUUGGGAUGCGCUAAUUGGAAAGUGAGUAAUUAUGGAUUCUUCAAAUGGGUAUCUGAUGAAGAGGAGUUUGAAGGUUCAAAGACAGGGCUUGUUCAGACAAAGCUGUCGAGCGUGAGGCCGCAAGUUUCAAGAGGCGUGUCAAGUGGAGAAUUGCGGGAAAAGAGAAAGAUUGACAUUGAUAUUAUGGAUUUGUUGAAGCUUGUUGUAUUUGCUCUUUUAUUUGGUAUUUUUCUUGGAUUUGUAUUUGGUAUUUUUAUUGGAUUUGUGCUAAGUAGAGUGUAAGAAUGUAUUAUCCUUCUUUGUGGAAGUGUAUGUUGAUGAGAACUUCUGGUGUUCUGGAUUUGUAUCUUCAGACAAAUUAGAAUAGUAAUUUGUUUUAUA